AUGACGGCCCCGCCACAGCCCCACGUGACCCCGGCGCCCGCGUCACGUGAUCCGGUUUUCCCGCCGCGGCGCCCCCUGGCGGGCGGGAGGAGCGAACGCGGGCUCCACGGGCAGGAGGCUCCCGGGAACCCUCUGAGCUCGGAGCCCAGCCAGCCGCCGGCCAGCGUGGACCUGGACUUCCUGGAGGAUGACAUCCUGGGCUCCCCGGGCGGCGCGGGCGCGGGCGCCGAGCAGCCGUGCGACAUCCUGCAGCAGAGCCUGCAGGAGGCCAACAUCACCGAGCAGACGCUGGAGGCCGAGGCCGAGCUGGACCUGGGCUCGUUCCAGCUGCCGGCGCUGCAGCCCGUGGUGCAGGCGGCCGAGGGCGCGGCGCAGAUCUUCCCGGGCGGCGCCGAUCUGCUGGGGCUGCAGCCGCCGGCCGUGCUGGCGCCCCAGGCCCUGGUGCAGCCGCCGGACGUGGUCAACAAAGCCAUCAGCGUGCAGCCCUUCCUGCAGCAGGUGGGGCUGGGCAACGUCACCAUCCAGCCGCUGCCCAACCUGCCCGGGCUCCCCAACGGCAGCCCCGGCGGCGCGCUGGGGCUCGGCCCCAUCCAGGUGGUGGGCCAGCAGGUGAUGGCCAUCAACCAGCCGGCCGCGCCGCAGCUGCUGGCCACCAAACCSGCGCCCGUGGCUACCGUGGGGGGGUACAUCGCCCAGCCCGAGACCGCCACCGCGUCGCAGAGUGCCGGGCUGGUGAUCCAGAAGAGCCUCCCGGCCGUGGCCACCACCACGCUCAACGGCAGCUCGGUGUUCGGCGGCGUUUCGGCCGCCUCGGCGCAGCCGCUGACCGUCACCUCGGGGCUGGGCGGCUCGCUGGUGCCCGCGCCCAACGUCAUCAUCCACCGCACGCCCACGCCCAUCCAGCCCAAGCCGGCCGGGGUGCUGCAGCAGAAACUCUACCAGAUCACGCCCAAACCCUUCGGCGCCGGCGGGACCCUGGCGCUGCCCRGCGAGGCUCCGGCCAAGGCUCAGCAAAACCUGACCUUCAUGGCCGGCAAAGCCGCGCCCAACGUGGUGCUGCAGGGCUUCCCCCCGAACGUCUUCAAACCGCCGCCGCCGCAGCCGCCGGCGCUGGGCAARUCCAUGAGCGUGCACGUGCUGAACCAGGGCGGCUCCAUCGUCAUCCCGGCGCAGCCUUUCCAGGGCCAGAACCAGUUCCUGCUGCCCGGCCAGCUGGCCGGAGCCUCGGCCGUGCCGCUGCCGCAGCCGCUGUCGGCGCUGCCGGCCAACGUGGGCGGUCAGCUGCUGCCCGGCGCGGGCCAGGCGCACAUCAUCGCCGGCCAGAGCGGCGGCGCCCAGCUCCUGACCAACCCCGCGCUGCCGGCGCAGCUGCUCAACCAGAACCUGGCGGGCCAGCUCAACCUGGGCCCGGUGCUGGCGUCGCCCGGCGCGGCGGGCACGGCGCACAUCCUGUCGGCGCCCAUCCAGCUGCAGCCGGGCCAGGUGGCGCCGCCCGCGCUCUUCCAGAUGGCGGCCGCGGGGAGCCCCGACCCCGGCGCUGAGCCCGGCUCAGCACUCAGCGCUCAGCCCCAGGCCCAGCCUAGCCCGGGAAUGGCCCCCAGCCCCGAGAAAAUCCUGCUGGGAACGGCGGCGGCGGCGGCGCCCGCGGUGCUGGGCCAGGAGUCCAUGCAGAUGUUCCUGCAGCAGGUGAGGCG